GCAUGCGCACACCGGCAUAUCGGCGAGUAUCAGCGGUGACUAGCUAGCUUCUCGUAGCGUUCACUCAGUUGAGAUCUGAUCUGUAAACAGUUAACUUAUUGUUCAACAGUAAGUCGUAUCUACCCAGCGGGAUUAACGUGACCGAGGCGUGAAAGAAUAUGCCCAAAAAUAAAGGUAAGGGAGGAAAGAAUCGGCGACGUGGAAAGAACGAAAAUGAGUCUGAGAAGAGAGAGCUGGUGUUCAAAGAGGACGGACAGGAAUAUGCUCAGGUGAUUAAAAUGUUGGGGAACGGACGUCUGGAGGCCAUGUGCUUUGAUGGAACCAAACGGCUUUGCCACAUCAGAGGAAAACUCCGGAAAAAGGUUUGGAUCAACACGUCAGACAUCAUCCUGGUGGGACUGAGAGAUUACCAGGAUAACAAAGCUGAUGUCAUCCUCAAGUACAACGCAGACGAGGCUCGCAGUUUGAAAGCCUACGGAGAGCUUCCCGAGCACGCCAAAAUCAACGAGACAGACACCUUCGGACCUGGAGACGACGACGAGAUCCAGUUUGAUGACAUUGGCGAUGAUGAUGAGGACAUUGAUGAUAUCUAAAGACCUACUACGAGACGGGGAAGGAGGGAUUUUGCUAGAGAUGCUCCGAUUGGGAUAUUUUGAGCCGAUACAGCGCACCGAUAAUAAUUAUUUUUAUUAAGAUCAGCCUAUGCCAAUCCAAUACAGUUUAUUAAUAUACAGUAUGUUUCCAUUUAUUCCAGUUUGUUUACCAUCAAUAAGAUGUCUUUGUAGAAAACUUUUAAGUGCAUUUCACAUAAGGAGGAAAAUCAGUACAUCAGUACUUUUUGAGUUUAUCGUUGAAUGAAUGAGAUGCUGCUUUAAGUAGGACUGUGUCAGUUAUGGCUCGUAGCAGCUGGAGGGUGAAGCUGCAGGCUGCCUGGUCGACGGACGGAGACGCAGGACAGUUUGCUUUCUCUGCCUUCACGCGGCUGGAUUGGAGAAUCAGAGUAGGCUGAUCACCAGCAUCAUAUUGGAGGUGAAUAUCAGGAGCAUCGCUAGAGUUUUUAUCUGUUUUUUUUUUUUUUUUUUUUCUGCUCUGAACGUCAACAAAAAAUCAAAAAAAUCAACAUCUCAUUCACUGAGUUUUUCUUCCUUUUUUUUUUUCCUUAUGUAAUGUCCAAGAAACACUCGCGCCGAUACCAUGACUGCAAAAUAUCUCACACCUAAUGCGUCAUCUUUUUAAAAAUGUAUUUAUAUUGAUUUCACAUUAUGUGGAAUUUAGCAAGAAGUACAGAAUCUCUGGAUUCGCCAAUAAAAAGAUAAACCAUUUCGUGUUUUUUUUGUUUUUGUUUUUUUUUCCCCCUCUGGCAGUCUGUAUCAUUGUAGUUGUAGCAUGUAAGACAGUUAAUAAAGUUUUAGACAGUUUGAAAGCUGUUUAUCGAUGACAGAAGAAAGAAAAUAACACUGAGUCUGUAUCUUUGUCAUUUUGUUAACGUCAUAUUCCACUGACAACUAUGGACGCACUUCCUGUGCUGUGCUCAUUUUUUUUUUUUUUUUUUUUUUUUUGGAUUGAAACCGCGGCCACGAAUGAAGGCGAACUCUCUCUCCCCUUGAAAUCAAAAGAAGAAGAAGAAUCGAAAUGUAUUUUUCUAUUGUUUCCCUUAUUUGUGUUUCUGUCUUGUUUUUUUUGUUCUCCAUGUUCUGUUUUUGAACUCUCCGUCGCUGCUCGCUCGCUCUGUGGCUUCGACACAACGCAGUGAAGCUCGGGCCGGUCGGCCGCUCUGUCUCACGCCGGACCAGCGGUUCCCAAACGUGCACCAGUAAAACCUCAGAUCAGAGCCGUCUGUCUUACACAUUCUCUCAACCUCUAAAAAAGAAAUUAAAGAACAGUCACAUACAACACAUUAUAUCUAUUUUCCUUCCCCCCCCCCCCCCCCCCCCCCCCCCCCUCUGGGAACUUCCCCAUGUUCCCUGAGGGGGGGCCAGCACCUCAGUUUGGGAACCACUGCUCUAGACUUCAUGGGGCCCUGUUGUUGUAACUCUGAAUUAAUAAAAAUGUACUAUGAUGCUUGAAGGCUGGGUUUCCAAUAAAGAUCUUAACUCUA